AUGCACCUGUUCUCGAGGCUAGUAUGCUGCGGCCCCGGCGCAGAGAGCAACGUGCACUACAGCGACGAGGACAGCAGCGGCGACGAAUUCACCGGCAGCGGGGCCGCCUCCGCCGCGGUGAUCCGCUGGCCCCACGACACGCCGCGGCGUUUGGAGGACGCCGGGUCCGUGCGGGUGCUGCCGUCGGAUGUCAAGGCAACCGCGGAGAGAUCACGGCAUCCUGGUCAUCGGAAAAGCGAGAGCGUUGCGAAUUUCGUCCCGCAUCAGCAGCAGAGGCCGGGGGGGGAGGCUGGUGCGAAGGCGGGGGAGGCGGGCGCGCGCUGGCCUGGCAAGCAGUCGUCAUUGACCCUUGUGCUGGACAGCAACGGGCUGCUCUCCCUGCCGAUGGACUGCCCUUGGUGCCCGGCGGUGGAGGCGCUGUGGCUGUGCAACAACGAGGUCGAGAACUUAGACGGACUCCUGGGCCAGGUCAACGACGUCUUCCCGCGGCUAAAAUCCCUCGCGCUCAUGGGGAACCCGGUGUGGCCGGCGGCGGCGAAGUCGACGUCCUCUGAGGCGACAGGCGCGGCGUCGACGGCAGCGGAAGAAGAGAAGGAGGGGGUGGCGGCUGAAGGUGGCAGUGGCGGCGGCGGCGGGGGUGGGCGAGGAAAGAAGGUGGACCCUGAGAGGACGGGGGAGGGGGGCAAGGAGGAGGAGGAGGAGCGGUACCGGCUUCACGUGGUGCGACGGCUGCCGGGGCUGGUGACGCUGGACUGCGCGGACGUUACGGAGGAGGAGCGGAAUCGGGCUAAGGAGAUGGCCGGAGCGAGCGAGCUGAUGGACGUGAGCGACCUGCUGCUGGAGGUGGAGCCUACAACGGACGUGGAGGAAAGCCUUCCAAGCAAAUUGUUAGAGGAGGACAGGGAUCGUCGAGCGAACUUGCCCGACCGGGGCAGCUUACCCUCCACUUGGCACAAAGAGGCGGUGGUUAUGGACGUCGGCUCUGGCUGGACGAGGAUGGGUCUGGCCGGCCAGGAGAAACCUUCUUGCGUCUUCCCCACCAUCGUUGGCAGGAUGGACUUGAGAGCGUACGACCGAAUCGCAGGCCAGGACGAGAGGGUGUUCGUGGGGCACCAUGCCAUCGACGAGGCCAACAAGAGAGCCGCCGAUCGGGAGCUGCCCGACAGGAGAGGCCCCAUGCCCAGGCCGAUCUUGCUGCAGCACCCCCUGUCGGAGGGCGUGGUGACGGACUGGGACGACAUGGAGGAGCUGUGGAGGUUCGGCAUCGAGGACGAGAUGCAGCUGGGCGCGAUGGAACACCCCGUGCUGAUGGCCGACUCCACGGCGACGGAGCCUUCGGCGAGAGAAAAGGCCACGGAGGUGCUCAUGGAAACCCUGUCGACGCCCGCCGUGCACAUGGCUCUCCAGCCCGUGCUGGCGCUCUAUGCGUGCGGACCAACGUCCGGCCUGGUCGUAGAUAUCGGAGAAUCGGGCACACAGGUGGCUCCCAUCUUCGAUGGCUUUGUGCUGGAAACGGGCAUCCGAUGGGUUGGUCUCGGAGGCAAGGACAUCACCAGGCACCUCGCGGCCUUGGUCAACGCAAAGGUGGGAUUGAUGGGGGGCGACGAGUUCGAGCCCGACGACCCUUGCGACGUGAUGGAGCUCGAGGCUCUCAAGGCGAAGGUCUGCUUCGUGUCGGAGGACGUUGACAAGGACAACGCUAAGAUGGAGCUGAGCAUGUCGAAGCCUUACACCCUCCCAGAUGGCACUCGGGUCACACUCGGGCGGGAGCGCUACAGGGCCGCGGAGCUGCUGUUCGACCCCGCGAUGAGCUUGAGGGAGGAAGAUUCUUUGCAGAACACCGUUCUCGAUUCCAUCCUGUCCUGCGACCGCAAGACCUGGCCGGUCCUGGCUCAGACCGUCAUCCUCACCGGGGGCACAACCGAGAUGCACGGCCUCAACCGACGCCUCCAGAGGGAACUCACCAAGGCCUCCCGUGCCAACGGGGUUCGCCUGAAGUACACCGUCAUGGCCCCCGAAGAUGACCACAACAACACCGUGUGGAUCGGCGGGUCCAUGCUUGCAUCUGCCGGCGCUCUAGACGGGCUGUGGUUUACUCGCGCCGAGUACGAGGAGUACGGUGCCGGAUACAUUCACUCCAAGUUCGCGGCGUAG